AUGAUCCAAGGUCCAACAAAUAAAUCAUUAUUGCAAGAUACUUACAGACUUGCAGUCACACCACAACGAAGAAGAUUCACAACGAGCCCGUCACCUUUUCGAUAUGUUAAAGUGGUCCAUAGUCAGCUUGAUGGUGGUAGACAAAAAAUGAUCAACGUUUCAAUACCACAAGUUACGCUCAAAAUUUUGUCUGUACUUUUUGAAGAGCAACCCGAUGAUGAGCUUCGAUCAAUAUCUGGAAUAUUGCAAUCGCUUAAGAAGAAAGGUCGAAUUUACACCAAUGAUCGCAAUAUUAUAGUUACAGUUUUCCGUCGGAUAUUUUGGAAUCAUCCAAAAAAUCCACCUUAUUAUAUAGACGUUUUAACUGCAUCAUCCUUACAGCAUCUAAUUCCGGGUCAUGCUGGACAAGGCUCAGCAAGAUCAGAUUUCGCCUCAAUAAUUAUAAAUAAUAAUGAUUUACAAUUCGCAUUUUUCAUUGUGGAAUUCGAACAAGCUGGCUUUGAAAUUCACAAGGAUGAAGUAGUUGUUGUAGCAGAGUUAGCAUACGAAUUUAAUCGUAUACUUUCUCAGAUGCAUUAUCCAACGGAAAUGGAAGUAAAUGAAACUAGUUUGCAUUUUGGCCUGGUGAAUGAUAUGAAAGUUCGUUUGGGGAGAAUACAGCCAAUUUACAAUCAAGAAAAAUUGAGUCUUGUCUAUACUUAUGAAGAUGAGAUAAUCUCAUUCAAUUUUCAAGAAAAUAAUGUGGAGGCAAAGUGGAAAAUGCGUCCAGUACAACUCAAUUAUAAUUUAAAGUUAGCACUACCAGAAUUACCAAAAGAGGCGGUUCAGUCUCGAAAGUUUGAAACGAAGUUUACUCCAGUCACCAUGAGGCGUCCGUCGCAUAAGACCAUCGGAAGCAGGGAAGAACGUGCACAGUCGGACCUUGGCCACGAAAAGCAUUCAAUUUCCGCGAUAAUCAAAAGUCGAAUCUUAUUUUUGGUGACGCAGUAA